CUCAAACCAUGUCCGAUAACAAGUUCAAGCUCACCGCCUACAUCUCCGACGAGUCCUUGACCAUACUCAAGCAGGGUGGGUACAAACUUUGCAUCGCAAGGGAGGUCAACGGAAAGUACAAUGUGGUUUUCAUAUCGGUGGUUGAACAUCUGUUCCAGAACGUGUUUGAAUUCGAAGAGCAGUACCGAGUCUUUGGCACAAAAAAGUUCGAGGCUGGCACAUUGACAGAGGCCGCAACCAGGAAAGUGCCCAUCCUGCUAGGUCAAGGGAUCACUCUGAGUCCCGAGGGUGUCCUUGGCGGUAUUUUGGGAACGGAGAAUCGGUCAAAACCAUUCAUAGUCCACAACAACUAUAGCCACCCCAUCCACUUCGGUGUUGUCGCGCUUGUCAGUCAAGACUAUGCUGCAAUCUAUGUUUCUGAAGGAUCAUACGUGUCUCAAGACGUCCCCCUCAAGCCCAGCCGGAAGAUCUUAGUCUGGUUCGACAAAAAUCUCGAAUCGGGGAUGAUGAUCUACCACGCCAUCUAUAAUUGCAUGGUAGUCGACUUUACCAACGCCAGCGACAUUGUGAUCAACUAUGCGGCGCCGAAGGAUGCACCUACGAAAGGGCUUUGGUCAUUUGGGCCUCUCGUGGCACUUGGACAGACGUACCACCCAAUUACGAACACAUUUUCUAUGACCCCUGCGGAUCUGCCUUCUGCGGAUAUGCUCGUCAAGAUGGCUAAAUUGUUACAACUGGAACCUCCUACCCAUCAUGGUGAGGUCCAGGCCGGCAAAUGA